AUGUUUGGAGUUAUUGGUACUCUAAUAUUGAUGCAAGUGAAAUUAUAUCGCGAAGGCUAUGAUGAGUAUAAAAUUUGGGACCGAGCAUAUCGUUUACAAAAUUCAUUAAGUCAAAAUAGAGCAGAUUUAUAUUCGUUUCAUGGAGCAUUAGUCGGCGGUUUAGCGGGUAUUCUAUUUGGAUUACCGAAAAAAAGAACGAGAUUAUCAGGUGGACGAGGUGCAAUGUUAGGUAUACCUUUGGCACUGUUAGCACAUGUACUACAACCACCGCCAAAAUCAGAACAUGAAUUGGAGAUAAAGAAAAAAGAAGAAGAAAAGAAAACAACGUCGAAAUGA